UUGGGAUUUUCCGUUCUUUAGCAGGCAGUAUGACCCCAACGUACAGCUUUUCAGCUAUUCUAGGACCUAUGUGUGCCAGCCGACCGACAAUGUGUUGAAAGAUCUUUGUUUUAUGAGAGAACAAACCCUUUACUCAUCUGUCCUUGAGUGUCACAGUUCAGUUUUUACUCUUUGUUUUUUAAUGCACUCAGCCAGACACUCAGUAUGUACACACACCACACCUCACCAAGGUGGCUUAAAUAUAAAUAUGCACUUCAAGCCUCUUUUGUUCCCUAAUUACUUUCUGCUGAUAGAGUUCGUCUCAUGUUACAUGUACUCUUUCAAAAGGUGUAGUACGCCCAAAAAACUAAAUAUUUAUUUUCGUUACAUAACAUUUGCUCCUGCUCAGAUGGUCAAAAUGUUUGCUACAUGAUAUCAGCACAAGAACAGAUCUUUGGGCUCUGUCUGUUGUCUCACCAUAUAUUAGAGCAGCUGCCAUGCUUUUUCUCUCCAGUGAUUAAUUUUUGACUUAGACAAUCUUCAACAUCAGUGCAUACUUCAGGGAGACGCAUUCCACACUUAGAAGCCAUGGCAUUCCAGUCUAAUGUUGUCAACUCGCAACCUCCCAUUGUCACACAAUACACAGUAACUGCUGGACGUUCUUCAGUCUGGAGUACAAAUGUGUGCGACUGCUGUGAAGACUGUGGCAUCUGUCUAUGUGGAGCAUUUAUCCCAUGCAUCCUUGGCUGUAAGGUGGCUCAAGACAAUGGGGACAGCUGCUGUCUACCUUUCCUCCCGGGUGCCAUGAUUGCUUUGAGAACAAGCAUCCGCAGCAAGUACAACAUUGAAGGCUCUGUGUGUGAUGACUGGGUCAUCAUGGCCUGCCUGCCUCUUUGUGGACUGUGUCAGCUGGCGAGAGAGCAGAAAAUGAGGGGAUGAACAGAUCACAGACUAAUUUUUAAAUAACUGUGAUAAAAAUGUGUGCAAAUUUGUUAUAUGAGUGAUCUGUAAACAAUUACUAUAUAUUUUUUGCAUUAUGUUUUUGUAUUAUUUCUCUUUAGGGACUGGUGACCUUAAUUUUUCACAUUUUUCCAAAGUGAGUUGACAGAAAAUAGGGUAGAAGAAGGGGUGCAGGACAUGCAAUAAACGUCAACGGGCUGGGACUCUGCCCCAGACAGCCUGCGUUGAGGACAGAGGCAUGGGUCGUGCAGUUAACUCCUGCACCAGCGUCACGGCGCCCAGUGUUUUGUAUUACUUUAACAUUUUUUUUACUUUCAUGGGAAAUUACAUCUACUUUCUAAGCUGAAAACUGUAAAUAAUCUAAGGUAGAGGCAGAAACACAGACUUAAAACUGAGCUAAAUGAAUGAUCUUGCAACAAAUAUUAGAGUGACUGUUGAAACAAAUAAGAAUAAAGAAGAAGCAUUACUGACACUAGCAUUAUAAAAUACCAUAUCAUUUUCAUUCAGUAGUAUUUCAAUAGGGCGUCAGAUUUUCUUUACAGGAAUAUUUUUGUAUAUUUAUCCUUACUUGUACUUACACAAGCACCAGUAUUUCAAUAAAACUAUCAGGAAAUGG